AAGAUGCACCAUUAUAUCAUGAGCUGGGGUACUGAUGUUGCGAAGAAUAAAAAAUUCUUUAACAAUAUUAUCAGACAGGUUAUCAGAUAUACCUAUACUUCAAUACGUCACCAGUCGUGCAACAAGGUUGCGCGCGAUAGCGGAGGAGUUUGCGAUCUGCAGGCAUGUUCUGUAUUAUGGCUAGGGAUGCAUGCGUUCCGUACUGUUCUGUCGAAGAAGCCUGCUGUUUACGGUGGUACGAUUCUACGUUCACUCCAGUUCCAGUUGUCUUUGCAUCAUAACAAACCGCUGAAGCACCGGUUUAAGAAGGUGGUGAAGGAGGGUGUUAAAGAUGUUCCUGCGUUA